CUUGUUACAGGGAGUGCCCACUACGGCGAGGACAGCGUGGGCUCGUUUCCAUACUUCGAGUACAACGUACCCAGGAAUGUGACCACAGUGGUGGGUCAGACCGCCUUCCUGCACUGCAGAGUGGAACAGCUAGGAGAUAAAGCGGUAUCCUGGAUCAGAAAAAGAGAUCUUCACAUACUAACAGCUGGGAUUUUGACAUACACAUCGGAUCAAAGAUUUCAGGUCAUAAGGCCGGACAAGUCAGAGAACUGGACGCUACAGAUCAAGUUCCCCCAGGAGAGGGACGCGGGCAUCUACGAGUGCCAAGUCAACACGGAGCCCAAGAUGUCGCUAGCCUUCCAACUAAACGUUGUCGAAGCGAAGGCGCACAUCCUGGGUCCAGUAGACCUGUACGUGAAGACGGGCAGCUCGCUGUCGCUAACCUGUAUCCUGAGCCAGGGCCCGCAUGACCUGGGCACCAUAUUUUGGUAUAAGGGAUCAAAACUAAUAGAGUAUAAGGAGGUAGAAGAGAACGAGAUAGCAGAGGAGCCGAGGGUCCGGUUGAGGACGGAGUGGACGGAGCAGCUGACGUCACGGCUGACUAUAGAGAAGCUGCUGCCGAGUGACAGUGGGAACUACAGCUGCGUGCCGACUAUGGCGGAGGCCGCGUCGGUCAACGUUCAUGUUAUAAAUGGUGAGCACCCAGCAGCGAUGCAGCACGGGAAUGCAAACACAGCAUCACCCACGGCGCUGUCGGUUAACCUCCUCAUCUCCUUGUACUGUACUCUCGCUACUCUGUACACCAGUACAGUAGACGGGUUUAGGUGAAAGUUACAACGCCCGCCGGCAUUUGAGGGUUAGAUGUAUAAAUGUAGAAGAAUUUUUUAUGGUGCAAUAAGAUGCGGUUGGCGUGGUGAGGGUUAGAUUAUGUUAUGGUAUAAGAGUUUUGUAAAUAAUUGCGAUUGAAAGAAAUAGAAGUAGGUUUGGGAAGACUCCUCAGAACAAAAAUUGUCUUUGUUGAUAUUCCUUAAAUGUUAGUUUUCUUUCAAUUCACUGCAAGAUUACCCAUAUUAUACAGAUUCAAAUUUAACUAUUAGGUACAGCUGACAAUAGUGGUUUUUCUGAAAUUGUGAAGAAUUGUAUAAAAAAAUGAGACGUUUUUCCCGAGACGGCUUCAUUAA